CACCGUCACUUCUGUAUCACUGCAAGGACACAGACACACUGAGGCUCUCUACAAUCACACAUUCUUCACCAUGACAAUCAUGCCAAUCACUGCACUGGACUGAGAGCUGUCAAUCAAAAGGAUUGAUUAUCAGGAUCAUCUGCCACAGGAAAGAUUACAUCCUGGGUAACUAAAGCGGAAUAAUUCCAAUUGAUUUUUUCUGAGACGUUCUUAUCCAGAGGGAAAAUUGACGAUUCUUUAUCUUUCAAGUUCAAGGAGGAAAGGAGAGAUUUUGAGCCGAACGCCUGCAUGCGUUCAAGUGUGCAUGCUUUAGGGGAAGCGCGAGUGAGGUUGACUUGCACUGUAUCAGGGUCACGGUCUUGCUGGCUCAAUAAGCUUCAGUAGAACCUGUGCCAGGGUUUAGUUAAGAGUUUAUUUAGACUUCCUGUCUGUAAAGAUGAGUGAGGGCAAGAAAGAGUUAGAGAUGAGAGACAAAGCCAUCAUGCACCAGCAGAGGAGGCUGAAACAGGCCACCCAGUUCAGCCACAAGGACUCUGCAGAUCUUCUGCCCCUGGAUGGACUGAAGAGGUUGGGCACCUCCAAAGACCUGCAGCCCCAUAGCAUUGUACAACGACGCCUUUUGGAGGUCAACAUUCCACGUCUGCGCAGAGAAGCCCGGGACGCCCCCAUUCAUGUUUGCUCACCCCUGGCAGACAGCAAAGAGGGUGGAGAGCCAGAGGAGAAGAGUGAGAGUACGGUUGAUGACUCCACGGAGGAAAGGGAGUCUCCAGAGGACAGCGAAAAGAGCCUCAGGUCUGAUGAGGAUGAGGAUGAAGAAGAUGGGGACAGCAGUGAUGCUGGAGGAAAGACAGAGCCAAAACAGAAGGGAGGAAGAGAUAAAAUGGAAGUGGAGAGGAAGAAAGGCCUUAAAGAAGGCGAGAGAGCAUCCAACCUCUCAGCUAUAGUGGUCCAAUGUAAGUGUGAAGAUGCAGAGGUGAUGUUGUCCAUAAACACAGGAUGCCAACACAACCACAUCUCGACAACAUGCUGCAGAAGUCUAGGAUUGAAAACUACCCAAGAAGACAAGUCCAGUGGGAAGCUGCCUCUCUGUGAUUCCACAGUGAAGACAGUGCAGUCCCUGCACCUGCAGUUGGGCAGAGAAAGAGUGCAGUGCACUGCCCAGGUCAUAGAGGAUGCCACAUUUGAGGUGUGUCUGGGCCUACAGACUCUGCUGGAACUCAAAUGUUGUGUGGAUCUCAACUCCAGAGUGCUCCGUCUCCAUAGCACAGAGGAAGAGCUUCCCUUCCUGGAUCCACCUGCUUGCAGCCAGUGCCAUCACCAUGACAACAACAAAAACAUGUGACCUCAGACCAUUGUGCCCAACAACCGCCAUAACCCGUACUCAUGUAUCCAGAGAGGAAGAUCAUGGAAGGAAGAGCCUGUGCCUGGAUUGUAGUUUACCCUUGUGCCAGAUCAACAUAGACAGGACUUUCCUUUCCUUCUUCUUUGUUUAUUUCUGUGCUAUUUACACAAAUUUGCCAACUAUGAUUUUUUUUUUCUGCUGUGCUAAAUUAGUUUGAAUUUAGUGUAAUAAAGCUCAUGAGGAGGAAGAUUGUGUUCUGACAUAGUAAACUGCCUUUUUCAAAAUUAAAAACAGGUGUACAAACAGUUAAUCCGUGAGGAAUUGAGUUUAUUUUUUAAAGUUAAUAUUCUCAAACUGGUGAUUUUAAUUACAAAGCAAGUAAAUUACCUUCUUGUACACUAUUGCGAUUGAGAAUUCAUGGGACGAUUUCGACAGAAUUUCUUUGUUUGCCAAGGCUACAUACUUAAAGAUCAAGUGAUUUUCUAAACAAUCACAGACCCUUCGAUUUUAAACAUUUAAAUUGGUCGAAACAAUCAAAGGUUUGAGGAAAAUUAUUUCACAAAACUGCAAAUUUAGCUGGACAUCUUUACCCCACAACUGCCUUUCACUUAACAAAUACUGUGUUUUUGCCCAGCGUUCCUUUUAGAGCGGUGAAUCAAUCUUUAAAUGAUAAGAUGGACUUUUACCAAUCCAAUCAAAUGUUAAUUGAGCUCUUGGGCUGGACUACAUUCUAAAGCGCCCAAACAAAACAUUCCAUCAGCAUGAUUUUAUAGACUUCCUUCUUUGUAUUUUUCUGUGUUUUGCGUAAAUCAGUAUGAGAGUGUGUGUAGGACGAGCUGAAAUGCUUUUCUGUUGUUCACCUGCAUGUGAUUACUAUUACAAAUAUUCAGUCUUAGAUAAACAAUCAGUUCCUCCUUUUUUAGACGAAUUCUGCAGAGCAACACUGUAAAAAAAUUAUUUGUCUUAAUCAGCAUGUCUUCUGUUUCCAGUAAAACAAAAUUAAUUAAUUUAGAACCAAAACUGCAUAAUAUAUUUAAGUGAACGUUCACCCAAAAAUUAGUAUUCUGUUAUUAUUUACUCACCCUCAUGUUGUUCCAAACCUGCUUGAAUUUUUAUUUUGUAUUUUUUAACACAAAAGGAGAUGUUAGGCAGAAUGUUUGGGACUGGCAUACUCAGUCACCAUUCACUUGCAUUGCAUAGAAAAAAAUACAAAAAGAAAAGUCAGACAAUUUUGGAAAUUUGUAUACUGUUUUGUCUUUGUCUUUUUUUAAGCAUAAAUCAACAAUAGAACAAGACAAAACAACAUGUUAACACAAUUUCACAAUUCUUAAGGGAAUUAAUCUUGUUUUAAAGGGAUAGUUCACCCAAAAAUGAAAAUUUUCUCAUCAUUUACUCAUCCUCAUGCCAUUCCAGAUGUGUAUGACUUUCGUUCUUCUC